AAUCAUUUUACGGCUGUUGAUGAAGUAGUUGUGGGAUUUUAUCAUCCUUGUAAUGACCAUGUCGUUUAUGAUGGUAUAUUGAGGUAAUUUCUACCAAUUUAUUAUACUGAUUAUGACAAAAAUAUGGAUUAUUAAUUUACAAAUUAAACAGAAUACACUAAUGUUGUCCUUAUCAAAUACACAUAGGUAAUCCAUAUUCAAUUUCAAUGAAUGGAAUUAAGUUUAAUUCAGACCAAAAUGGACUAUUGAAUAAUCAUGCUACAUUAUUUUCUACUAAUUAUAAUAAUACUAGUUUAUUAAAUUUUGAACAUAUUUCUGAUAACAUUAAUGAAGUUAAUGUAGGACCAUUAUUAAAACAAUUACAAUGUGUUAUUGGAGAAUUAGUUGAAUCAGAAUCAGUUUAUUUAAAAAGUUUAUGUGAUAUUGAAGAGGGUUACUUAUUACGUUUAAAAACAAACCAAAGUGUAGAUCAACAAUUUCUCGAUGUCGUCUUUCAUAAAAUUUCAGAUUUACGAGUUUUUCACGCACAACUUCAUUCUGAUCUUUAUUUGAAUCGUGAAAAUUUUAUUCAACUUGGACGAGUAUUUCUAAUUAAUGCAAAACAUUUUGAAGAGCUCUAUGUGGAUUUUUGUCUUAAUUAUCCAAAAACUAUUCGUUUGCUUGAAGAUGCCCAAAAAUCUCGUACAGAUACUUGGAUAUAUCUUAACAAUUGUCAGUCAGAAUUACAACAUCAACUUCCUCUUGCCACAUAUCUUCUCAAACCAGUACAACGUAUACUCAAGUAUCAAUUAUUUUUACAGGAAUGUGUCAAACAUUUAAGUCAAAUAACAACAGAACUAUCAAAUUCGAAAUCUUCAGUACCAAGUAGAGAUUUAUCGAUUAGCAACACUGUAGGUCUUUCAGAAAGUAACAAUGAUCAGAAUAACGAUGUAUUGUUGGAGUUUUUCAAUCAUUCUAUUUAUACAUUAAGACAAGCAUUGGAACGUAUGAUUCAAGUUGCAGAUCAUAUCAAUGAACGUAAACGUUAUCGUGAAUUAUUAGAUCAACUUCGGAUUACUCGAUUAGAUGUAGAUAAUUGGGGUGAUCUUGUAUUACAUGAUCAUUUUCGUAUACCGGGUAAAAAAGACCUACGUCUUGUUCUCCUGUUUCAGUGUGCACUUAUCCUAUGUAAAUAUACACCGCCUACAUCUUCAUCCGGUAUCAGUUUGUCAACUUCCCAGUCCAUAACUAUCAAUGAUUAUUGGAGCAAUACAAUUAAAACAAUGAAAUCACGUGGUGGAUCAGAUAGAAUAUCAGGAAAUUCUAGUCACAUGGUUUCAAAUGUUAGAUCGAUCGAAAUACGUGAAGUGAUUAGUUGUGCUAAUUUAAUGCUAGUUGAAUGUAUCGACAAAGAUCCAUUAGCAUUUCAUAUAUUACCAUUUGAUAAUCCUAAAGCACAACGUACUCUACAAGCAACCAAUUUAGAAAUUAAACGUCUAUGGUGUCGUGAAAUAAAACGUUUAAUAUUAGAAAAUUAUGAUGCAGCUAUUCCGGAAAGAGCAAAACAAAUUGUACUUAACAUGGAUGAUUUAACUUAUGGUCCACCUAUUAAAGAUAUAUCUGAUCUACCUAUGAGUUUAUGUAAUUUACAACAAGUUGGAAAAAAUGAUUUUGAAGAAGACUGUUUAAACCAAAAUUGUUCAAAUGAUCGAGUACAUCGUAAGAGUGAUACAGCUCUUCCAGGUCUUCGAAGCUUUUUAAAUCGGCAAACAAACAAACAUUCAAUUUAUUCAAAUUCAAUUCACACACCUAGUCUAUCUUUGAAUAAUAACAUCAAUGAAUGUAGAAUACCUUUAUUAGAAAAUGGUUGUAUGUUGAAUGGCAAGAAAAACGUUAUCGGUGAUAAAGUCUUACCCUCUGAUGAUAUUAAUAAUUCAACUGAUAGACAUCUUGAUUCAUUACUACACGAAGCCUGGGAGGAAAUAUGGGCUAAACAUCAGCAUUCACCAGUUAAAACAACUUUUGCAAAUGGUCAGUCAGAUUCUUUGGAAAACGGUAAUCUUCAUCAUUAUCAUCAGGAUAAUUGUAAAUUGGACACAGAGGAUGUUUAUUCAUCUGAUUCAAUAGUAACAACAAAAGCGAAUAAUGAUGCAGACUUCCGGUGUAUUGCUGUAGAAAUUAAUGAAGAGAAAUUUGGUCUUUUAUCACCUGUCACUGUACCGACGUGUACUGUUAAUGAAAAUAAAAAAUACUCAAUAUCUUCUCUAUCUAAAUUAAAUACAGAUUCUUUAAAUUGUGUAAAUAAUUCAGAUAACUACAAAUUUUCUAUUCCUACUUCAUCAUCUCCCUCAUCACAACAUUUAUUACAUUAUUCUUCAUCACCUAAUUUUUCAAUCUGUCAACGAUCAUCACCAACAUUAUUAUCUAAUAAAUCUGUACAUAGUCAUAAUCGUACAACUUCCGUUUAUAUUGACUGUCCAAAUACAUCAUAUUAUGAUGUAAUCACAUUUGGUCGAACUUAUGAACAGUAUAUUGCUAAAGCUCGAGCAAUGGUAGCUUUAUCUCCAAAAGAUUUAGAUGAAAUAUUCAGUCCAUUACGAGAAUUACCAUUUACUAAUCGUGAGCAUCAGUUAUCAAACUCUUCACUUCAUUAUCACAAUCAAGAUGAUAUAUUAUCUUCUAAUGUUAUCAAUGUAACAACAACUCAUUGUUCAACUGUCCCAUUAAUAUUAAACACAAAUAUUAAUUCAAUGAAACAGUUAUCUGAUACCAAUUCGACAACGACGACCAAGAAUCGAAAUUGUUUAACUUCUGAUUUGAAAUUAUCUUUAACUAAUCUUACAUCUUCUAUAGAAGAAAAUAAUGGUAAUGAUAAGAGUAAUGAUUAUUGUUCUUCGUCUGGUGCUAGUUCUCCACGACAUUUAGUUAGUUGUAUCGCUGUAACACAUAAUCGAAAUGGACUCAAUAGUAAUUUAGCAACAAAAAAUAUAACUGUGGUACCGAGUAACACCACUGCUACGCCAGCCGUAACAAUCGACAGUCGUGUAUCAGCUGCAAGAUCGAAUUCACUAUCAUCAGGAUUCCGAACAAGUGAAUCGAAAAAUAAUGUUGAUCUAGUCGAUAAUUUAGAUCGUGGACGAAGACGUUCGAAUCUUGAUUCAUUUGAUAGAACUAUAAAUCGUCAAAAUUCUCAUAUUCAUAUCAGUACUAGAUCUCCUUUAGGUUCACCAAAACGAUCUCAAUCACAUGUAUUUGUAUCAAAUGGUCGGUUAAAUAAAUCCGGUGUUUCUAAACCACCUCGAUUUGUAAGCUACAGGAGUCCACUGGAAUCUGUUGGGAAGUCACUUAAAGCUAACCAUAAUCAAUCAAUGGACCAUGAUAAGCAGUCGACACGAAACAUGACAAACAAUAUUUCAUCUUCCUCUCUGUUAUGUAAUAGUUCAUCAAAAGAAGUUAAUAGUGAUGAUGUAUUGAAUAAACGAGGACGUCGAAAGUCGCGUGCACCUGCUCCACCAAUCAAAUUAUUGGAGAAUACUGCUGAAACUACAACGAUGAUUAUGACUUCCACUACUGCUGUCACUACUGUUACUACUACUACUGCUACUAAUACUAAUACUACUACCACUACGCUUAAAGCUCCAUUAGCAGUUUCCGAAUGUGGCAAAGAGUUUGAGGAUAAUGACGAUGAUGAAUGUCUAGAAUCUGUCUAUCAAGGUCGUGCACGUGCUGUAACAACAUCUUUGCCAGCAAAAUCUAUGAGGUCAAAUAUUCCUUGUUUAACAACUUCGCAACAUAUUGUCUCUACUUCAUUUCGCAAUACAAUUAAUACUGUAAAUGGAAGUAAUACAGAGAAACCAGUCAAGCCACCACGAAAACUUAAUAAUAAUACAUCCUCUUCCACUGAAGCUCUGCAUAAAUCUGAAAAGAGUAUAUGUAGUCGAUAUUAUUCUCCAACUUUAAAAAGUCUUCAUCAUCCUUCAACUUCACAACACAAGUUUCCUCAUGAUAUCCCUUCUCAACAUCGGGGUAUUGUGAAAAAUAUGAUAAGUAAAUUUCAGCAGCCUUAAAAUCUAGAUUUUUGUUCCUCUCAUUUGAUUUGCUCUCUAUCUUGUCAUUUAUAUUUUUUAACUGCAAGAAUCCAUCGCUUCUUGCUGACUAACUGCCUAACUGAUUCUAUGCUUACCGGUUUCUACAGAUUCUUUUUUAUAUAAUUUACCAAAUACUUCUAUUCAUUUAAGGUAACACUACUUAUAACGAAUAAGUAGUUAAAAUUAUUUAGUGAAAUUAGUUUACUGUUUGUUUUUACAUAUGCAUUUUUGACAUAAAAACAUUAUUCGGAUUUGCUUUUGUCAAUAAUUUUCUGCUUAUUUUGAUGAAUAAAGAAGAGAGAUUUUUGUCUCCUUUUCAAAUGGAUACAUAUUUAUUAUCUACUGUUCAAUAAAAUGUACUUUUUCUUUGGUGUUUCUAAGUGUUUUGUUGUGAAUUUAUUAGUUAUUUAUAAUUUAUGUUUUCCAUUAUAUUUAUUCAGUUUCAUUUUCCUUUUCGUCCAUUUAUUAUUCAGUUUAUGAAUCGAAUUUUUUGGUUUUUUAGAAGUGGGCUAGGAGAGUUGGUUAUCGUAAUUGUUCUGUUUAUGAUUUCAUUUCUACGUUGUUUUUUUUGUUUUUGAAGUCACAGUUUAGGAUUUUCACUAUUUUUUUUUCUGAAUGACUUCUGGAAGAGUUCAUGAUAUGUUUCCAUAUAGGAUUUAAAAGAAAUUUUGUUUAUCUAUGUGAUAUUUUAUUUAUUGAUGUAGUCAUAAUAUGUUUUGAGAAUAAAAUAUUCCUGAACACUGAUUGAUAAGAUCAUUAUCACCACCACCAUCAUCAUCAUGAUCAUUAUGUCACUUACAGAUAAAUAAAAUAGGAUUAUACCCCUUCAUUUACUUUCGUUAAUUUACGAAAGAUUUCCUGUACUCUAACGCUUUUUUUUCAAUAUUUAAUAAAGAGUAUUUGUUAGCUUAUUAUAAAACGUAUUUAUAUUGUUGUAUCUGGGAUAAUAUUUUAACUUACACAUGAUUUAUUAGUUAUAGUAAUGAGUACAUGAGUCUGAAUGCGGUGAAUGAUUUCGAUUAUUAUUCAGUGUUGUAUAAAAUUUUAUUUUUGCUUUUCAUUAUGAAUCUAGCAUAAGGCUUUGGAUAUUCUACAUAUUAUGGCUGAGUCAAUGAAAAACAAUGUAACUGUGAACCAAAUAAUUACGAUGAACCAUUUCACCGGCUCCUAAAUAAUUAGGUGUUAACAUAUGUGACUGAUACUGGAUAUAGAUUAGAAUCAUAUGAAAAACUUCAAUCAUCUCCUUAAUAUGAAGAUGCCUUGAAUCGCAUAACACCUAGAUUUGAAGAUUCCGGUUGAUUCCGUCCAUUCACCUAACAAAAGAAGAAUUUGUUCAUAUUCUUAUACUUCUCAAGAUCUAAGGAAAAUAUCAUCUAAAUAAACACGAAUGCAAAUGAUCUUUAACUCUAGGAAGAAAAGAAGCUCUCAGUUUUCAUUUAAAACGAAAACUGAUUGAUAAAGAUUGGUUAGUUGUUCUUGUGUGGAGAUAAAGAUCUUUGUAUAAGAAUUCAAUGCUCUGGUACGUCCAAGAGUGGGGAGAGCCAGCUCUCCCUCUAUAAAUGCUCUCACAUGGCCAUACGUAUACAGCCACUCCCAGGGAAGUCAUGCUCGCUGCCUUCUUGCAGCACUACUAUUGUUUACGAAAUUGAGAGUACGAAAAGUGAAUGUCCGGAACUUUAACCGGGUUGACGGAUACUGGCGAUCCACCUAGGUGAGUUGGAAAACCCUGAUUCCAGAACAAUGGUAUACUUGAGCUCCGGUAUCCUGACGGAACAACUGUUGUAUGAACCAAUUGUUGGUCAUCGCUACCAUGGGACUGCAUCUCCUUACAUUGCUCCAUUGCCUUUUGGACCAAACCUUUAAGUCAAACGCUCCGGGUGUGGCCUCUUAAGAAAACCGCCUACUUCGGUUUGGACACCCGGGCAGUCUUCUAGCCCUCUCGCAAAUCGAAUGAUUUAUGUGACACAUAUCUAUUUGGUUCCUCCUUGUACCAAUGUUUUUAUAUUUAAAUACAUAAAAUAAUCAAAAUGGUAUAAUUGAAUAUCACAGCACUUUCAAAUUAAACUGUUGGUACUUUAACACGAAAUCUACCAAUGAUCUACAACUGUUCAUUAAAUUAUAAUGCGCUUGUAGGUGUCAUUACUAAGAUUUGACUUAAUAAUUCCAAAUAAAUUGAGUAUCGGAUAGGUUGUUAUUUAAUCAAAGUAAUAUAUUUGUACUGUCUUAAAAAGUAGGAUAAUUUAGCGUUAAAAUGUUUUUGACGUUUCAUCACUUAAUAUUAGCCACUUCUUCAAAGAAUAAAAAAUCCCUAAGGAAUUGGCUAACACUGAGUCACGGAACAAAUAUAUGAUCUAUUCAGUAGUUGAGAUCAUAAUUCAAUUUAAGCUAGACCAACAUGGAAAACCUCAAAGCACUGGACGGUCGUCUCGUCCUACUGUAGGACUCCUCAGCAUAGUGGUCUAGCAUCAAUUGACUCAUGAUCUCAACUACUGAAAUCACUAAAAUCUCCACGAAACUCUUUCUGACACUUAUUAACAAAUGCUCACUAGUGACUGAUGUAUAUCCUGGAGUUCUAGUG